AGCUAGUUGAUUUCAUAAUCAGCAUAAUUGUGCAUUACUAUUAAGUGUAAUUUUCGAGCUUGACAGGAAAACGGAAAUAUUGUGAUAUUUCUUUUUAUUUAAAUUUAUAUCUCUUCUUAUUUAUUUGUACAUUGCGCUGUGUUACAUGAAAGUAGAAGAAAAAAGAUAAUUUUGUGUGUUGUAAAAUAAAAAGAGAGAGAAUAGAAUAUCAUUCAUUCAUAAAAUUCAGUCGAUAGUUCGGUGUCGUGAAAUUUAUGCCUUAAAAAAGCCAAUAAUUUUAAAUGUUUAUGUGUUAAAAGACGUGAUAAGAUAAUGAUGCAUCGUUGUUUCAUCAUUAGGUCAAAAGAGCAGCAUCAACAGUCGACGCAAUGGGUCGAAAUAAUAGAGCCAAAAUCGAAAGAGAAAAUGUAUGCGAAUCUUGAAACAGGCUCUUGUACUUGGGAUGCACCCGAGGGCGUUCCAAUCAAGCGAUCAUCAUCAUCACAAUGGUGGGAGUUAUUUGAUCCAAAGACAGAUCGCUUCUAUUAUUAUAAUUGUUCAUCGCAGAAGACAGUUUGGCACAAGCCCCAAAAUUGUGAUAUUAUACCACUCGCCAAAUUACAAAUUCUCAAACAGAAUACAGAGCCACCACCAAAUGAUAUCUCGACCAAAGAGACACCACUUCACAAGAUAAAGGAAGCUCAGCAAAUUAUACAGCAGCAAAAGAGGCACUCAGAUACUACAAGUAGUAGUAAAACGAAUAGCACAAGACGAAAUAAUAAUCACAAUAAUAGUAAUAACAAUGAGAACAGUAACGAGCGAUCGGAGAGAUCACAUUCCAAAAAUAACAAUAAUAAUAGUGGCUAUCAAAUUCAGCAGGCAAAAUUGCAUUCAGUUGACGACUUUGUCGUUGGUGAAUCGUACAAGUUUUGUAAGCAUAGCAGCGGAAGUGGUGGACAAGGAAUGUCGAGAAAUAGCCAAAAAUAUAUGGAUUCUGGUAAAUCCAGUGACUCUAGUUUAUCAAGUGCUAAUUAUCGUAAGAUACAGGAAGGUGGAAGUCUGAGAAUUGGAAGCUCGCAUGGAAAGAGUAGCAGUAGUCAUAAAUAUAAUCCUGAUAAUACUUAUCGAAUGCUCCAAGAAAGUUCAAGUUCGCACAACAUUCCGGAUCGGGGACAUCACUUAGUACCAUCGAUAUCUAAUUCAUCGGACUUGGCAUCAUCGAAUCAUAAUAAAUCACCAUCACAUACGAGUGGAACACCAUUAAUGAAAAAGAGAUUACAACAAUAUGAGAAUCAACAGACACCAGGAAAAUCUUCACGAGAAAGAGAUUCCACAAAAGCAUCAACGAAACACCAAAGUUUUGACUAUUCUGGUCCAUCAUUGAGUAUUACAAGAUCGGGAAGUUUUAUGUCACCUGUUAACAGUGGACCGGGUAUUAGAAGUCAAUUACAGCAGCAACGAAAAGGAUCAUUUGAUGGACACGGCAGUGAUGAUUCUAUGCACGAAAAGUACUUUAAAUCUGUCGAAAAUACACCUGUUACGCGAAGGAGGCACACAACGACGUCAAAAACAGGACUUAAAUCGAGUGAUUCUAGUCCGCAGUCACCAAUUAGUCCGCAGCAUCAACAGCAGCAUCAAUCAAAAUCUGUCCGACCUUCACAUCUCGGUUUAGAAUCACUUACAAAGAAAUCUAGUCACAACAAAUAUGAUCCAGAUAUAGUAAACAUGGACAUUGCUGUUAAACAAGAUCGAUAUUCGGAUAAAUUGAAAAUGGAACGAGGCAAAUUGUCACCAGCAUCGGGCGGACAUUCAGCAAAUAAUUUACGUUCAAUCCAGCAAAUUAACCAAAUGUUAAAGCCCAGCAACACAAUGAAAUCUCCAUCUAGUCACAGUCAAGAAUCGUCAAUAAAUUCAUUAAGUAAGACAAACAAGAAUUCAUUAAGAUAUAAUAAGGAGCCGACAUUGGAACGUGGAAAGAUUGCAGGAACGAGUGGAAGCACAAGUCGUAGUAAAAAGAAAAUGUAUUCUGAAGAUGUCGAAUAUGCUGAUAAUGGAAAUACAUCACCACUUUAUACGAAUUGGGAUCAAGAUAUGAAUGAACAUUUGUUGCCAUUACAGCAUUACAUUCUUGAGCAGGCAAAAUUGAGUGGAUUUAGAGCAGCUAAUGAACAAUAUGAUUCAGACUCAAUUCGAUCAGAAAGUCCAUCGGAACAUUCAUUAAGUGGAAAUGAGCCAGAUGUAGAAGAUUCUGAUCACUCGGAUGGCCGAGAUUACCUCGCACAUAAUCCAUAUGAAGAUUAUGGAGCAUUUAGAGGACCAAGCUAUUAUAAUUAUGAGAACUAUAACCGUAACGUGAGUCGAGAAGACAUAUCCGCUGAAGUGACUGCAAAACUUGAAAGUUUUCAAGAUCAAAUCUACAGUCCCGUUCGUCAUCAUCCACCAUUAUUAAAGUACUCAUUUUCUCCAGUCAAUCCAAAACCAAAAGAGCCAUCAGCCUUUCAACCAUACCAACAAAGUGCAUCAAAUACUUAUCAAAAGCAGCAGCAGCAACAAAAUCCACAGCCACAGCCAAUUCCACAACAAUUUGGAUCUUACCGUUCAACGCCACAAUCAGCAAAUCAACAUGCGUCAAGUCUUGUUGCGGCUAAAGAUCAAUCAAAAAGCUUCCUUCAACGAUUCCAAGAUCAACUAAACACCAAUAGUGAUAAGAUAGCGGAAAUGGCAUUAAUUAAGGAAUGUGAUAUCGAAAAAUUUGCACAAGAGAAUCUCAACUUUUCGAAAGGAAUUUUCCGUAAGAAGUCAAGCGUACGAGACAUGCUGUCAUUUACGAAUGAGGCAAUAACGAAGCCAAUGUUGAGUAUAGCACGUGAUAAGGCUGGAAAGAAGAUGGCAAUUGAACAAUUUAAAUUGGUACAAAUUUAUAUGGGUGAUCGUAAGGCACGAAUAGGAAUGAGCUUAAAUUCAGUUGCAAUGGAUAUUAUCACACAAGCUGUUGCAAACUCUUGGUUACGUGAUGAGCUUUAUGUUCAAUUAUGUCGACAAACGACAGAGAAUCCAAAGCGUGAAUCUCUCAUACGUGGAUGGGAAUUGAUGGCAAUUUGUCUCUCGUUUGUUCCACCUUCGCCGACAUUUCAGCCUGCACUAUUGGGCUACAUGAAUCGUCAUCGUGAUGCGUCGUUUGCAAAACAUUUUCCGGAAAUUGGAAAGUGGCCAAUUCACGUGCAAGUGUCACAUUAUGCGACAAUCGCGUGUCGAAGACUUGAGAGAAUAGGAAGUACGGGAAAGAAACAGGCAAAGAAGCCAACUGACGACGACAUAAACCAUUCAAGAGAACAAAUAUUUAGAGACAGCAUGUUUGGUAAUACGUUACAAGAAAUCAUGGAACUGCAACGAGAAAUCUUUCCAGAUAGGAAAAUUCCAUGGAUUCAACACACAUUAUCAGAGCAGAUACUUUUGAUGCAAGGAAAGCAAACUGAGGGUAUUUUUAGAGUUCCUGCUGAUGCUGACGAAGUUCUUUACCUUAAAGCUUAUGUUGAUAAGUGGGAGUUUCCCGACGAUCGAGUGACGAUGGACGCUCAUGCACCAGCUAGUUUACUAAAGUUAUGGUAUCGUGAAUUGUACGAUCCGCUCAUUCCUGACGAUUUGUACAACGAAUCCAUACAGACUGAUGAUCCAAAAGAAGUAUUGGCAAUUGUUGAUCGCUUAACGCCACUUAAUCGAUUGGUGCUAACUUAUCUUAUCCACUUCCUGCAAGAAUUCUCCCAACCUGAGGUCGUUGCUUGCACCAAAAUGGAUUCGUCCAAUUUGGCAAUGGUUUUCGCACCGAAUGUUCUUCGAUGUACAUCACAUGACCCCAAAAUUAUCCUAGAAAAUACCCGAAAAGAAAUGAACUUUAUUCGUACUUUAAUAACAAGUAUGGACACUUCAUCUGUAGCGUAUAUAAUAUAAGAAUCUAUUUUAUUGAUGAGACAAUAAUAAUCAAACAUGACAAACUUCCUUUAAAAAUCACCAAAAAAAUUAAUUUUUUCGACAAAAUAUCAGACUCGAAUGCCAAAAAACAAAUCAUAUUUCAAAGUAUUUUAAUGAAUGGCUUCCAAUUUAGUGGAGAACAAACAAGUAUGUAACUUAACGCAACAACAAACAAAAAAUUUUAAUCGUGCGAACAUAAAAAUCACAAAAACAUUGUAAAUUUUAAUUUUUCUACCAAAAAAAUUGAUUGUAAAACUAAUCAAAAAGAAAUUAAACUUCCUUGCUAUGAUUAAUCAUGUAAAUUUAUUCCUUAAAUUCAAAUUCUAGCUUUUCCUCCCGACACAAGCGAGGAGGACAUGAAAUAAAAUAAAAAUAAAGUUUUGUGCAUUUUUCGUUGCACAAGUUAAAAGCUAGAAAGAAAAGUUCAAGAUUAUGACUGCAGCUGUUCUAGAUAGAUACUUUAUUGUUCUAUUUAGUAUUACUAAUAUAGACGGCUCUUGAAACAAAAUUGAGAACAAUAAAAGCAGCUUUAGUCAUACCCAUGAAGGAAUUUCGAUGAGAUUCGAACGAAAGGAAUUAGAAUAAUUUGUUAUUCUAAUGAAACAAUUUCAUCGACAUGCACAAGCUACCUAUAAUAGAAUCUAAUAUUCAACUACCUUUAAUCUACCUAAUUAUAAUUACCUUCUACUAAUCAACUACUAAAUACUUCCAAAUAAGAAUUCUCUGCAAUAUUUUUAUCUUGAAGGCGACUUCUUCCUAUACAUACACUCAUACACACAUACUUAAGUAAAAUAAGUUAACAGUAGCUUUUCUUGGCAAAAAUUUUGUCAGUUGAUACUCACCACUAGACUACCGAGGAAAUUUAUUUCAUUUUGACUAAGCUAAGGCUAGAUGUUUGUGUUCUUGAUGCCUGGGUGCUUUUAUACACUCAGUUUGUCAAGAACCCUCGAAAAAUAGGGAGGCUAUAUGCUCGAUUUUUUCAAAAUUAAUAAAUGUUUGACUUCCUCAACAAGAUUGACAGAUUUCAAAAAAUCAUGUCAACAACAUUUUCGUGUAAGGUACUCGAUGAAAUUUUUGCAAAGACGAUCUACAAUUUUAUCAUCACCCCUUUUACACAAUAUGUAUCCUAUAAAUUUUUUUGUGUUCGAUUAUUUAAUUUAUACAUAAACUGUAACAUAUUCUAAGUCCUU